CAUACUUACGAAAGCGAAUACACGAAAAUGUCCUGGCAGUUGUUAUUAUCAAACGAAACGAUAAAAUUUGUGAUUAAAUGCUAAUGCUGGAUACUUAACAGCGUCAGGAUUACGGUGAUAUAUUACAGUCAACUAACGAAUUACGCCAGUGAACUAUCGCUCUGAGAAUGCCUAUUAGGGCAUACUGCACCAUCUGUUCGGACUUCUUUGACCACUCAAGAGAUGUUGCUGCCAUCCAUUGCGGGCACACUUUUCACCACGAGUGUUUGCAGCAGUGGUUUCAGACGGCUCCCAACAAAACCUGUCCACAAUGCAGGAAACAGGUCAGCACAAGACACAUUAUCAGCAAGCUUUUUUUUGACAUCGGAGGAGAGGAGGAAGGGGCUGAAGUGGACCCAGAAAAUUUACAGAAUGAAUUGAAUCGACUGAAGGCUGUACUAAGCUCCAGAGACAAAGAUUGUCGAGACAGGCAGAAGCUCAUCGAGAGUUUGAAGCUGACGGUGGAGAAGCUGAAGGUUGACUUGGAGCGUCUGAAGAAGGACAUUGGAGAUAAAGAAAUGGUCUGCACGGUACUAAAGAACGAGCUGAGGAGCCUGGAGAAGCAGCAUCAUGAUGCCAAGGCUGCAAAAGAGGAAGCUCGACAACUUCGAGUCAAACUCAAGACUUACGAGAGUCUAGAUACAGUGUUGCAGGGUCAGAGGGCUGAAGUGGAAGCAAUGAUUACCGAUUUAGGAGUCGGACAAUCAGCCGUGGAACAGCUCUCCAUCUACUGCGUCUCCCUCAAGAAGGAAUAUGACAACCUGAAAAGCAGCUUCCGCUCCACCAAUGACAUGUGUGAGAAACUCAGAAGAGAAGUUUUCAUGUCUAACAACAAGUUGCAGAAAGCAACCAAUGAGAUGAACCACGCGAAAGAGGAGAUGCUUGCUACUCAGAAGGACCUGCGAAAUGCUGACAAAGAAAUCACGAGUUUGAAGAAGAAAGUGGAGAUCCUACAGAAGACCCUCAGCACACCUAACCGCACCAAUGACGCUAUUAGCAGACUGGUAUUUGAAAGCCCCGCCCCCUUGGAACUGAAACCCCGCCUCCAUCGCCCGGACAACGAGCAGGACAUCGACCUGAAUCUGACGUUUGAUGUUCCGACCCCUGAGCCGGUGGAGCACAAGCCCUCUCAUAGUCAGGCCCCUGCCAAGAAGAUGCGCCUGGACUCCACAGGAGCAUCCCCAUUCCACUCAGGCAACACGUCUGAUGCUGCUAAGAAAUCCCAAGUUAAGGAGGACCCUAUGGAUCCAUUUUUAAGGAAUUCUCAUCUGUUCAGGAGGAAAGCCUUUGGCAGCAUGCUGGAUCCCCACAGCAAACCUGGCGCUGUGAGGACUGGGUAUGAUGGCCUUGGAGGAAGGACCAAGUUUUUCCAGCCUUCGCCGCUGUCAGAGAUCCGCCCCCUGGCAGUCAAGGCAGUCAAGAGGAAGAAGGUUUCGCGUCCACCAAUGGGAAAGCUGCCGGCUAGCAUGACCCUCGACGCCUUCCUGGAGUGAAGGCCGCCUAAGCAUAGCGGGUACCCAGUCCUAGUGGGCAGAGGAAGGACAUGUUUGGUUGAAGCUGAAGAUUGUGCACAUCCCAGGAAAAGGUGCAGGACAAAGGCUGACGAUAGUAAUUUUAGAGUGAGGAGUCUGCACACUUAAAAUCCUUAUUUCUGUAUUCUGUUUCUUUAUUCAAUGGCAGGAUAGGAUGGCGUUUCCAUCAUGCCUUGGAAUAAAGUAAGAUAGAAAAAAGGAUUUUAAGUGUGCAGACUCCUCACUCUAAAAGAGGUGGAAAAUGGCCACAGCAUACCCCAUGGACUUGUUCUUCAGCACAAGGUCACCCCCAGUGGUUUGCGCGUAUGUGUGCUCGCGCAUGCAUGUCAGUAUGAAUGUACGUAUGAAUAGACAGGAGUGUUGGAUAGUGAUUGCGCCCCAAAAUGAUCAACUGCAUUUAUUUGCCUGUGUUGUUUAUAUAACCAUUCUCAGACAAAACCACUUUGGUCGCCUGAAUGGCUUGUAGAAACAAUUGGUCCAACUACACCACCGUUGUACAUUUCACGUACAAGAGCUGUGGGGUAUACUAAGAACAUGGUUGAAUGAUAAACCAGACUUCGUUCAGCUACAGGAAGUGGUAAACCUACUAAUAGAUCGACCUGCAGGCAUCAUUUAGUUUGGGAAAUGAAGACUCCAGGCUCCUCUAUUAGAUGAUUUACCCCUACUACAAGAUUAACUUAACCUCGUAUACCACAGAACCAGCUUCUUAGUAUCCCCCCCUCCCCAACACAUCAUUGAGCUGUACAUAUUUUGUGUAUCAUGUGACACUGUUCCAUCAUAAUCAUUCAUUAGUAUCUCAUUCAGACAAUACGAGAAUGUCAAAGCAUGGAGUUGACUAACUUGUGUAAGCUUAUGUCAAAUGUUGGUAAUCACACAUGAAUAUUGCACAUUUGAACAACCCCAAAUCUGACAAUCUUACAUAUCCGCAUCAAACACACAAGAAUCUCUCUUUCUAGUGUAUUUUCUGUAAUGUCUCAUGUCUCAGUCACACGUUGAUGUAUAUAUAUUUUUUUAUAUAAACACACAAGGAUCUCUCUUCCUAGUGUAUUUUCUUUAAUGUCACAUGUUGAUGUAUAUAUUUUUAUAGAAAUGGAAAUGUAUCAGUUAGGUUUAAUAAAAUAUUUUGCUUUUCUAA